AUGCAGGUGGCAAGGAAGAAAACUGCGAAGGAGGUCUGGGAUUAUCUCAAGACAAGGUUUGUUGGUGCGGAUCGCAUCAAGAACACGCAGCUUCUAACAUUGAAGAGCGACUUCAAUACCAUGCGCAUGCAGGAGGGAGAGAGCCUGGACCAGUACGCCGGAAGGCUCAACAGCAUGUCCGUCCGGAACGAGCAGUUCUACGACCUCAACAAGAUGUCGUUCGAGGAAGUCGUGGGGCGGCUUAAGGUGUUUGAAGAACAUACUCGCCCGCAUGCAUCCGGUGGUAAUAGCAUCGGCGAUAGCCAGCUUCUGUUCACUCAGGCCGAGUGGCAGGGUGGUUGUGGACGCGACAGAGGCCGUGGCAGAGGUGGUCGCAGUGGGAUGUCGCGCAAUGAUGAGGAGAGCGACUCGGACGGCGGUCGCCGCAACAAGAGCCACAUCAAGUGCUUCAACUUCCACAUGAUGGGGCACUACGCGAACGAGUGCAAGGCAACGAAGAAGAAUGAAGAGGAGACUCAUCUCACUCGUGCUAACGACACCGAGCCGGCCCUGCUACUCGUGGUGUCAGAAGAGCCAGUAUAA